AAGGAUAAUUAACAAUAGUAACAUAUGAUAUAAAGAAAGAUUAUAUUGUAGAUUCUGAACUAAGAAAGACAAUGAGAAAACCCUGGUCUUACUGUUCUGGCAUUUCCAAUUUCUUCAAUAUUUUAAUACCAUAAAGCCUCAUCUUUUUUUUUUCCAAUUCACCUUUUUGAAAUUCUGUGACCCUUUCCAUGUUUCUUCUCCUCCAGCUAUUAUGCUCUCUCUCUCUCUCUCUUUUUCUAUCUUAUAUAUAUAAAUAUAUAUAUAUAUAAAUUAACGUUAUCAUUAUUGGUAUAAUCAAGUGGGUAACAAACACAGCGGCUAUCUAACUAGAGUCUCACAACAACAACAACAAACCCAGAAACAAAAAUGGGGAGAGCUCCUUGCUGUGACAAAGCCAACGUCAAGAAAGGUCCAUGGUCGCCUGAAGAAGAUGCCAAACUCAAAGCUUACAUUGAAGAGCACGGUACUGGUGGUAACUGGAUUGCUUUGCCUCAGAAGAUAGGCCUUAAAAGAUGUGGGAAAAGCUGUCGUCUUAGGUGGUUGAAUUAUCUCCGCCCAAAUAUCAAACAUGGCGGCUUCUCGGAGGAAGAAGAUAACAUUAUUUGCAGCCUCUACAUAAGCAUCGGAAGCAGGUGGUCUAUCAUCGCAUCACAGUUACCAGGACGGACUGAUAAUGAUAUAAAGAACUACUGGAACACGAGGCUGAAGAAGAAGCUACUCGGAAAGCAGCGCAGAGAGCAAGCUCAAGCUCGGCGAGCAAACAACAACCUAAUAAAGCAAGAGAUCAAGAGAGAAACCGAGAGUUUUCAUGUUCUUCCUGGGUUUCUUGUGAACCAAACACUACCCUAUUGGCAGGAUCAUCAGCUUCCUGGAGCAUCAUUUUCGCCACCGGUGGUGAAUCCGAGUAAUUACUACAACCCACAACUCAAAAAUUAUGAAGAUCAAACCGCCAUUAAGAAUUUGCUGAUCAAACUUGGUGGAAGAUUUUCCACUCAAAGUCAAACUACCACAACCACAGAAUUUCACUAUCCCAAUCCCAUGGUUGAUAUUUCCUCUGCGCCGCUGCAAGAUCAAGUAUUUGCUAAUUAUGAUCAACAAUUGGCAAGCACACAGUAUGAGGAAGAUGGGUGUGGUUCAACCAUGUUUCAAGGGCUUGAGAGUCUACAAGCUGAACUAAGCCAACUGAUCUAUAGCAGCAGCUCACAGAUUGAUGGUUCGGAGAGCUUUUAUGGAGUAGACAUGGUCAAUGGUAGUACUACUACUACUACUACUAAUACAGGCGGUGGUACUAGUAGCACUUCUGCAGAUAGUGGAAGUUGGGGAUCAGAAAUGAACUCCUUUGUUUAUCCUCCAAUGGUUUCAGGCUUCUCUAAAACCUACCAAUGAGAGGCCGAGGCAUGGAUCCCCUUCAAGUUUCUGGUUCUGGCUUUUUGUUUGAAGAGUCAAGCUAAUUAAUAUAGGCACAUGUGAAGGUGUGUAGAUUUUAGGGGGGUCUAGGGGAAAAAAAUUGGUGUCAGAAUUAUUAAUUCCAGCAAAUUUACUAUAAUAAAUAUUUCAUCAAUUGCUUAGAAAUUGUUUUUACUCUGUAGUACCUUAACACUUUCUUUCAUUAGUUUUUGACUAUCUCUUU